CGCUUAGAGUGCGAGGUCGGGUGUUACGGUGAUUCCUUUCAGGAUCGACCGAUUCGUGUGUCGUAUCGUGACGCGUCGCGUGUCAUACUGGACUUGAUUUUGUUUUUUAAAACAAGAAAGAGGAGGAGAAGGUGAAAUUUUCUUUUCUUGGACAGUAGUCUACUUAAAUUUAUAACAGAAAGAAAGGAACUUUCUCAAGAUGCGGAGGACUUUACCCAGACUGUGGUCCAGAUUCAAAAGGAAACGCAUUGGCGGAAGAAGACACCACGUGCACAACUUUCUCGUUUUCGGACACAUUUUCCUUAUACUGCUGCCCGGUGUCAGUGCUUCCUACGAGAUGCAAGGACCUAGCUUUGUGGCGGAGCCACUCUCUCGAGUGGAAUUUACUAAUGUCAGUGGCGGCAGAGUAGACUGCAUCGCCAGAGGAAAUCCUGCACCGACUGUCGACUGGAUUGCUACUGAUGGUGGGAGUAUUGCUAGUAUACCCGGCAUACGUCACGUCCUGGGAAACGGGACUAUAUACUUUCCGUCGUUCGAGGCAGAAGCCUUUAGACAGGAUGUUCAUUGGGCGAUUUAUAAGUGUUCGGCUAUUAAUAGCGUGGGCGCUGUUGUUAGUAGGGACGUCACUGUUCGAGCUGUGGUCAAUCAACGCUACGAUCCGGAGGUUCAGAGUCCUGGUGGAUUUCCUGGUAAUAACGUGCUGAUGCGUUGCAGCGUGCCGAGCUUCGUACGAGAUCACGUCGCCGUUACGUCCUGGCUUCAGGAACCGUCAUUUAAUAUUUAUCCAUCCACAAUGAGUGAUGGCAAGUACCACAUGCUUCCAAGUGGCGAAUUGAUGAUAAUCAAUAUAUCACGAAGUGACUCUCAGAUGACGUACCGCUGUAGGACUCAUCAUCGACUCACUCAGGAAACAGUGGUGAGCAGCAACGUGGGUCGCAUCCAAUUAACCGACUGGGCUUUGAGCUGGGUGCUUCCCGACCACCAUCCUCGUUCGUGAUUCAGGAGUGGCUGCGCUUCAUAUGGAUGAGACUGGCC